ACAAUAUUCAGUUCGAUAUCAGCAUCCUAGUGACUAGAGCGUAUUGUCGGAAGUGCGAUACUGAGACUUUUCCAAUUACACUUUUAAUCAAAAAUUAUUGCAAUUUCCACCAAAAUGGAUACAAAGUGUUUACUAAUUUGUAUUCUGAACAUCAUUUGUAUGGUGGCAAGUGAGAAUAAUCCAACGGAUUUAGAUACAUUUAAAAUAGAGAAAUUUGCCAAUACGUCCUCGGUGAUACAGAGUUUGGAUAAAACACAAAUUGGAUACAAUUACGCUUUUGGUGAAUCUCAUGCCUCAGGAUACAAAAGCAAAAAUGUUGAACAUCACCUCUUCACACCCAUUAUUGAGCAUGCGUCCAAUGGCAGCAAUUAUGUGAUAUUUGGAAAUCGAGUUGAAGGCGACAUCUUGGUGGCGAGCACAUCGAGAAUAUCGUACACGGAUAAAAAUGUUGAAAAACUAACAAUGGAAUUUACUGGACAAGCUCACAUGUCCUACGUAAAGUUUGAGUCAGAUGAUCCAAACUUUACAUUGAGCACCACAUUCAAGGAAAAUUAUAUUCUGGCUAAUUUCAUUUUCACGAAACCACUGAAACCUGCCACAGUAUUCCUCACCGCAUAUGGUUUCUACCCGGACUCAUUGCCAAAAACUUGCUUCUUAUUCUACUUUAAUUGUUUCAUUAAAAGUUAAAUAAAUUCUCAUGUCAGAUAAAAUAAAAGUUGAUGUGAAUUAUGUGAAUGAUGAAUGAAAUAACAAAAAAAGUUGCGGUUGCAAACUUUGAAAAAUAAAUUCUUAUCAUUGAA